UAUAAAUUUUAUAGAAAUCCUCGUACAGCCGUAUGUUAUAGUUGGCCAACAGCAGAGCCUUCAAUGUGCCACUCUAGAAGAGAUACGCAUCCACCUUUACCUGCAACGUUGCGUGAGCUAGGUGAACAUUUGGACAUAAACGCAGACAGGUAUCAAUGUAAUGAUUCUCGUUUCUAUCAAGAAUGGAUUGUUGAUAAUGAUGACAAGUACAGCAUUAUGUUUGCUUGUCGUGAUCUCAUCAGUGCUGUAGUUCAUCAGGGUGCUACAGAACUACACGCUGAUGCCACAUUCAAAGUGGUCCCAUCCAUGCCUCAUUGUCGUCAAUUAUUUAUCAUACAUUUGAUCUUGCAAAACCAUUCUAUACCUGUAUGCUAUGUGCUUAUGGAAUCUAAAUCAGAAAAUGCAUACAGAAAAGUGCUAGAAAGAUUUCAGUCAAAAUUCAGUUAA